GUAUUCAUCUUUGUUAACGUUAUUUCAUUAAAAAUGAAUCAUUGUUAGUUCAUGUUAGCUCACAGAUUAAUGUUAACAAACAAAAGUUGUGAUUUUAAUAAUGCAUUUGUAAAUACUGUAAUUAGCUUUACCUAAGAUUAAUAAAUGCUGUUUUUAUUGUUUAUUCUUAGUUCAUGUUAAUUAAUGAACCUUAUUGUGAAGUGUUACCAGUACGUAUUUUGUUCAGUCAUCAACAAUUCACUCAAACAGUAAAACAAACAGUACUAUAUAUCAAUAAGACAAUCCAUAAGAAACAGAUGCAAAAAAAGAUACUGAACAUUAUUGGUGAUGUGGUCGUAGAAAUUAUGUUUUGGUGUCAAUUUAUACACUAGUUCUUUUGUAUGUUCACUUUCAUUCAUUGCCAUUUACAGACUUCUAUGCUAAAAUGCUUUCGCAAUCAGUUUAAAAUAACCUCUGUCAAAGGAAGGGAAUUAGCUUCGUUGGCAAAAAGUGCAAAUUAUCAGAAAACUUUGUUAAGGGUGGAAGAAAUAACAUUUAUUGGUGCCAGAAUGGGUGUUUUUAUCAAGACAUUUUAACAAUUAGGGGAAACACUUGAGGCUCUUGAGGUUGCAUAUAAAACAGUAAUAAUAUUCUUACAUUUAAUGAUUUUAUAUUGGCAAAGAUUAUUUUUCAGCUUCCAUUAGUCCAGUCUUUAGUGUCAUAUGAUCCUUCAGAAAUCAUUCAAAUUCUGAUUUAAUAUUCAAAAAAUGUCUGUUAUUGUUAUCAGUGUUGAAAACCCCUAUGUCGGUAACUUUAAUUUAAAACAGAUUUUGUUGCCGCUUUUAAUGUCACGAAUGUGCUUUUUUCUAAUUUCACGAUUUACUGCCUUCUUACGUUCUUCCUUCUUCCAAUAAAUAUAUAAAUAUAUUACGGACCCCAAACAUGGAAUAUGGGCAAAAGAGAGCCCGUGUCUUCAUACCAAGGUGAUUUUGUUGACCUCUCUCUUCUUAGCUUUACAAAUCUAGAGGAAAUGAAAGAAAACCUGGGAGGGACGCACUGAAUAUAGAUGAGCGAUUCAUAGUGACCCGACCAGAGGGUGUUGUCUAAGCUACAUAUAAAAAAACAAUGCAAUCAGAGUGCUGUGAUUGUCAAACCCAAACAGGACUCAAAAAGGUAUGACGUGAUAAUCUUCACCUAAAAAGUCUGCUUGGAUAGCGCUAAACCACAAACAUUUUGGGGGGGGGUUUCCACCUAGGCACUUGUACCACUGAAAAAUUGGAUAAGAACAAGAAAAUGGCUGAAACAGAGAACCUAGCUGACUGGAUGUCUAACCUUAAGGAGAGGUUCACAAAAAUGCCUUUGAGCCAACUUGCGAUUCCAGGGAGCCAUGAUGCUAUGGCAUACAGCUUGGAUAUGGACUCUCCAGUACUGGAACCUAAAAAAAUAAAGGCCUUAGACAAGAUGUUCAGCACUUUCUUAAGGCCCAUUGUUAAAAAAUGGGGUACUGCCCAGGAAAAAAACAUCUCUGAGCAGCUGGAUGCAGGUAUGCGAUACUUUGAUCUGAGGGUUGCGGGGAAGCCUGAAUCGAGUGAUUUAUUCUUCUAUCACGGACUAUACACAACAACGACUGUGAAGGAAGGAACGACAGAACUGCAGAAAUGGUUAGGACAGCAUACCAAGGAGGUUGUCGUCCUUGCUUUCUCACAUUUUAAAGAAAUGUCAGCCGAGCAACACACAGACCUGACCAACUUCCUCAAAGAGCACUUCAAGACAAAACUCUGUCCUAAGCCUCAAGUGCCCUCACUCAAGGACUGCUGGGAAAAUGGCUACCAGGUAAUUCUCUCUUAUGACAAUUGAAAUGUCGACGAUCCUGUUUUGUGGCCUCGAAUCGAGUACUGGUGGGCUGAUAAUUCAGACCCCAAGGAGGUCAUUUCAUACCUUAAUGACCAGAAACAAAAGGGAAGACCAGAGGGAUUGUUUGUCGCUGGUCUCAACUUGACUUUUGACGGGAAUGACAUGCUCCUGUACCUCACAAAGUCUUUAAAAGAGAAGACCAUGACGGCCUACCCUCUGUUGCUUGACUGGGUGAAGGAGCAACGUCCAGGCUCUGACAAAGAAAGUGUCAACAUCAUUGCAGGAGAUUUUGUUGGAGUUAAUAGCUUUGCUCAGGACAUCAUUCAGCUCAACAAUGCUGGCAACGGCUCAUGAAGCGUUUUAGUCAGCAUGAGAUCUUCAGACAGUACAAGAAACUUUGAGAAUCUUUCUGUAUUUUUUAAACGAGUGUUUGAUGACAGGGCAAAAGUUGAUAUAUUAAACAAAUAACCAAAGUAAAAUUCUCAAAUAAACAAUAAAAUAAUUCA